CUGAAAUAUCCAGACUGUGGACCCGAGUAGCCACAGAAGAAAUGAAAUGUGUUUUUAUUGUCUCAGACAUCAUUCAGAGUUCUCUGGAUGGUUAUGGGGAAACUCAUCCAGACCACACCUUGAAGCAUAGAUGAAACUAUCUAUUUCCUAAAGGGCAAGUACAACAUAGUGUUUUUAUAAUGAGCCAGUAUUUUUCUGAAGGAAAGUAAACAUGCAUUUGGGAAACAAUGGGUCAGGUUUUACCAUAUUUGUAAUGAUCACAGAAUUUUUAAGCUCUACAUUAUUGCUUCAGCAUCACAGAAACAGCAAUGAACAAGCAGCUUCUAGGCUAUGGAAAGUACUUUUUACUACAUGUGCCACAUAACAACACCACACAGUUAUAUUUCUGUUUGUUUUAGACAACACUGAUUUCAGAAUGGGCUCCAUUAGUGCAGCAAAUGCUGAAGUCUGUUUCGAUGUGUUCAACGAGCUGAAAGGCCAGCACACAAAUGAGAACAUCUUGUAUUCCCCCCUGAGCAUCAUUGCAGCCUUGGCCAUGGUCUAUAUGGGAGCAAGAGGAAACACUGAGUACCAGAUGGAGAAGGCUCUUCACUUUGACAACAUUGCAGGACUUGGGGGAAGCAUUCAGACAAAGGUACAGAAACCUAAGUGUGGCAAAUCCGUGAAUAUCCACAUACUAUUUAAAGAACUCCUCUCUGAUAUUACUGCAUCAAAAUCCAACUAUUCACUCCUCAUUGCCAACAGACUCUAUGCUGAAAAGUCACGUCCAAUCCUACCGAUUUACCUAAAAUGUGUGAAGAAACUGUACAGAGCAGGUCUGGAAACAGUGAACUUCAAAACAGCAUCAGACCAAGCCAGACAGCUCAUUAACUCCUGGGUGGAAAAGCAGACAGAAGGACAGAUCAAAGAUUUGCUUGUAUCAAGCUCUGUUGAUCUUGAUACAACGCUGGUCCUUGUUAAUGCUAUUUACUUCAAAGGGAUGUGGAAGACAGCAUUCAAUGCAGAAGAUACUCGAGAAAUGCCCUUCAGCAUGACAAAGCAAGAAAGCAAACCUGUGCAAAUGAUGUGUCUGAACAGUACCUUUAACGUGGCCACACUACCUGCAGAGAAAAUGAAGAUCCUGGAGCUCCCAUACGCCAGCGAGGAGCUGAGCAUGUUGGUGCUGUUGCCUGAUGAUGUUUCUGGCCUGGAGCAGAUUGAAAGGACAAUUAGCUUUGAAAAACUCACAGAGUGGACCAAUCCCAAUACGAUGGAGAAGAGGAGAAUGAAAGUAUACUUGCCCCGUAUGAAGAUUGAGGAAAAAUAUAACCUCACAUCUGUCUUAAUAGCUAUGGGAAUGACCGAUCUGUUCAGCCGUUCAGCCAAUCUGUCUGGCAUCUCUUCAGCAGAGAGCCUGAAGAUAUCUCAGGCUGUGCAUGGGGCCUUCAUGGAACUCAAUGAAGAGGGCACUGAGAUGGCAGGCUCCACAGAGGUUACAGAAGACAUCAAGCAUUCCCUUGAGUUAGAAGAGUUUAGGGCUGACCACCCAUUCCUCUUCUUGAUCAAACACAAUCCAACCAACACCAUUGUCUACUUUGGCAGAUAUUGGUCCCCCUAAAGAGAGUAAGAGCUGGCAACAACACAUGCCUUCCCCUCAGAAACAAAAUCCCUUUACCGUAGUGUUAUAGCAUAAUCUUAUCUCUUCCGUAGAAAUGACAUACCCACAGGAGACUAGACAGCACCAAGUACAUUUACUCCUUCCCUUCUUGUAUUGGUUUCAGAAUGGCUUGAUAUGAGCAAAGACUGAGCCAACAAGAUGGUGAGAAUGAAGACACCUAUCAGCCAUGAAGGUGCCAAGUGAUUUUCAUUCAAGGAAUAAAUUGUAGGCAUGACCCUAAGUCCUUGGGAACCCUUUACAUAGAAAGUAAUGAGCUUUGCUCAUCCCAUUCCCUGGUAACAUAAUACUGACAAAUCCAUGUUACCAUUCUUGAAACAUGGGCUUUGAGAUCUCCAGUCUAGAGGGGAUAUUUGUGGAAAAGUUUCUGGUGUGCAGGUUAUUGAUUUGUGAUUAUGUCAACUUCAAUUUUUUUUUUGGUUAUUGGGAAAUGGCAUCCAUUUUCACUAUCACCAGAGUUGUCCUCUCACCAUAAGUUCCUCACCUAAUUCUGAAUUUCUUGCAGAGGUUCUUCAAAGUCCUGAAGAGUUUCCCUUCCAGUCCAGAGAAGGGAAACAGAUCCAGUUUUGCAUAGGUGCAGUUAUGCCUUUUCUCGGAGUGUAGAUUCAAAGUCUGAACCAUGGAGAGCCAGACGAUCCUUAUGACCCAGAACUCAGUGAGAUCCACUGAGCAAAAGAACUGUCUAAAUUUUUACUUAAAACUUUGGAAGAUAAUUCAAAUUAGAGAACAUUCUGAUAUGCUUUCUUGGUGGAAAAUCCUGAAAGUGUUGUAAAAUACUUCUUCUAAAAAAUAAAUUAGAAUCCUAAUAUUUUCUGUCUUCUCUUCCUACGUGUAGAUUGUCAACUGCAAAUAUGGAUCCACUGGCUCAACAUUAUGUCCUGAUUUCAUUCUAAUCACCCAUUAUUGAUUUAGAUGCAUACAAUUGAUUUUGUUUUGGUUAACAUAAUAAAAGAAAACCACAAAUGUUUUUCAUGUGAAUUAUAUUAGCUUUCUGAAUCACACACUCUUAAAAAUAUCUUUACAUUUUAACAGCUGUGAGUAAAAUGUGAUUUAGUUCAAAAAUGUAUUCUUAGAAUGAAUAAAGCAUGCAGAUAUGAAGUUUUUCAGGAAUUCAUGAAAUUUUUAGGAGUACCUAUUUUCAAGAAGAACUCCACAAAAGACCUACAACCAGAGUUUGAUUCUUCUCUGUAUUUCAGAUGACAAGAAAUAGCACAACAGAAUACAAAUUUAUUCAAUUAUUAUGCAUUUUUCUGUGCCAUUCCAACAGGUAUUAAAGAUGACCUGGCAAUUUUUCUGGUAAAUAUUUCAAGGAACAACUAUUCUAACAGUCUUACCCUUUUAUACAGAAUCACAGACUCAUAAGGGCUGGAAGAUACUUCGGGGGAUCAUCUAGUCCAAGUUCAGAUGAUUUCAUCAUUUUAGAUGAUGAAAAAAUAAGAAAAUCACAUAACUUGAAAGGCAUCAGAAAGAUUAGACCAACAACUACUAGGCAAAGGAUUUCUCUAUCCAGAGUCUUGAGAGGUGGAACUCUGACGUUAACAUUGCCUAGUUCCACAUUAGUGUUACCACUUCAGUGUCAAUGAUAAAAGGUGAUCUGUAAAGUAAAAACAGCUGGUGCUACAGAUCUGACAUCCACAUUUUUUUGUAUAUUAUCAGGAUAUAUAUGAUACGGACACAGCUGUUUUUCAAUGGUAAAACCAAAUAUUUUACUGAGUGUGCUUUAUUUUUGUUCUUUAGAAAUGGAAGUAGUGAUAAGAACAGUUCCAAGAUAGGAGAAAUAUCAGCAUCUCAAGGUUUACCAUCAGUAGUUUAUUCACCUUUUGCAUCUCUUAUAUCCAGAAGCAGUUGAUCCAGUCUGCUAAAUUUAAAAGCCAGUUCACUUAAACAAUAUGAAGACUUGAGAAAGACUACAUUUGCAAGCUACCCUUCCAUGAUUAUUAGACUGGAAAGUGCUUGAAGUACAAAGACAUGCCUCAGUGAUCUGCACAACAGCAGAGGUCAAAAUGGAGAAAUGGGAAAAGAAAGUGAAAGUUUCUUGCUUACAAGCAAGUACAAAGCUUCCCCUUUGUCAAAAAGGAAAACAAGAGACAGGAAAGAGUGGAAAUUCAGCAAUACUGAACAAAAAUUGCACAACAUUCAAAGGACAGGAUAAAAAGUAUUCUCCAUGAAGGGGGUGGCAGGCCUGGUGGGUGGAAUGAUGAACAAAAUAAAUACAUUUUUAAAUCCUUCCUGUGGCUCCAGGCAUUUUCUGCCAUAACCAACCAAAGGCAUUUGGCAUUUUUAUUUUCUGAAGUAUUAUGAUCCUGUUUCUUUGACAGAUUACUGUGCAGCAACUGACAGAAGGUUUAGUGGGUAAGACAUGGGGGAUAAAAUGUCCAGCAUAGAGCAAGGCAAAAACAUAAUGGGGUGGGUGAUCAACUGGCUGAUAGAUUGGGCUCAAAGAAUUACAGCUACUGGGGUUACAUCAGGCUGGCAGGCAGUCACUAGUGGGGUUCUGCAGGGCUCAAUUUUAGGGCCAGUUCUCUUUAAUAUUUUCAUCAAUGACUUGGAUACAGAACUUGAAGGCAUACUAAGCAAGUUCAUAGAUGACACAAAUUAGGAAGAGCCAUUGACUCCCUUGAGGGUAAAGAGGCCUUACAGAAAGAUCCUGACAAAUCAGAGAGCUGGGCAAUUACCAACUGUAUGAAGUUUAACAAGAUCAGGUGCCAGAUUCUGCACCUGGGAUGGGGCAGCCUUGGCUAUGUGUAUAGACUGGAGGACGAGAGGCUGAGAGCAGUCCUGCCAAAAGAGAUCUGGGGGUUCUGGCUGACAGUAAGUUAUAUCUGAGCCAGCAGCCCAAAGGGCCAACCAUACCCUGGCAUGCACCAGGCCCAGCUCUGCCACUGGCUGUGGGGAGUGGUUGUCCCACUGUGCUCUGUGCUGUGCAGCCGCACCUCCAGCACUGGGGGCAGGUUUGGGUGCCACUAUAUAAGAAGGACACAUAAAACUAUUAUACGGCAUCCAAAGGAGGGCUACAAAGAUGGUGAAGGGUCUGGACGGCAAGAUGUGUGAGAAGCA